CGUCCCACGAAGCAGCACACGCAGUUUCCUGUGCUGGGUCUCGAACCAGCGCCGAGUCUUUGCCCGUGUCGCUAUCGCUGGUUGAAGAUGGAAAAGGGGAAACCAAUUCGCCUCAUAGCAGCGGUCUGCAACGGCGGGGGGAUCGGGAAGGAUGGACAAAUGCCCUGGAGUUUACCGUCUGAAUUCCAGUACUACCUGAAAACAGUCACAAGUGUAUCGAGACCAGGGAAGCUGAACAUGAUGGUGUGGGGCAGACGGUGCUGGGACUCCCGCCCAGACGACAUGUUACCACUGGAGAAUGUUCUGCAUGUGGUGCUGAGUAAAAGCCUGGACUCGGUUCCAGCUCAAGCUCACUUCUUGAGUCGGGACUUUGAGAGCGCCGCCCGCCUGGCUGCAGAGCCCCCUCUCGCUGACUUAAUAGAGAUCAUAUGGGUUGUUGGUGGGACGCAGGUCUACAAGGAUGGGCUGAUGCACCCGUGGUGUGACCUGCUUUACCUGACAGACAUCAUGGCCGACUUUGACUGUGACGUUUUCUUCCCGGAGUUUAACAGAAAUCUGUUCAAAUUACAAGAGAGAUUCCCUGGUGUGCCGAGUGAAAUUCAAGAGGAGAAUGGCAUCCAGUACAAGUUUCAAGUCUUCAAGAAAGAGACGGCCGAUGCAGUUUAGAUUACAAAAACAAAAAACAAAACAAAAUGAGGAUAAGAAAUAUUUCACUGAAAGCCUUAUCUGUCAAUAACAUUUCUGCAGAAUCAGGGUUACUGAUUAUUCAAUGAAAACUUGUUAAAAUAUAGUGUCAAGAUAGAUAGAUAGAUAGAUAGAUAGAUAGAUAGAUAGAUAGAUAGAUAGAUAGAUAGAUAGAUAGAUAGAUAGAUAGAUUAUUACCACUAUUAUAGUGCCGUCUGAGAACUUCCGCAUGUGACAUGACUCUGUAUUGUAGUUGAAGUCCGAGGUGAACGGGGUGAAUAAGACGGGGGAGUCCACCAUCCAGCCCACGAGGACAUGCACUUUACUUUUUGUGUAUUUAUUCAUAAAGAUGCUUUAAAACUUACCCCCAAUUCUGCUGCCUGUCAAGAAUCAGAUUUUCCUCGUAUAGGGAGGAAAAAAAGAAACACUCCUGUCACUUGUCAAUGUUGCCAUCUCAUCCUCCUCCUCCUCCUCAGUGACACUGCAGCUGCACAGAAAAUAUGCUCAUCAGUGAGUCAGUCGACAGCGUGCGUCAAUGACAGCCUGUACUCUGGGAUCUCUCCUUUCUCAGCACCAGUACCAGUUUAGUUCUAUAAUUGGGUCUUAUUUAAACAUGUUACAGCUCGUAAGAAACACUAAGACGCCUAUUUAUGGAAUGUGGUUUAAGGUAAAUGGUGAUUUUUAAGGGAGAAAUUAACGUGUCAAUUUUUAUUUUUUUUUAUUGUUUUUUUUUAUCUUGAAUAAAAUGAUCCACACUCA